UUGACUGAGAAAACAGAUGAUGGACACGCGCGCUGUCGAAAAAAAAUGGACAUCCGGAGACGCGGAAAUUAUUAUCGAUAAUCUCGUGGCCGCUUUGGCCGGACUGAACAGCAAAAUCUUGCGACUACGGGAUGAGAUCGUUGCGUUUAAAAACAAAAAUAAGACUCCGUUAUCGGGGCGCGACUCAUCAAAAGAGAAAUUAAAACUUUUGUCGACACCGUCGGAAUUAAAUGACCCGACGAAAAACGACAAGAAACGAACCGGCGCGCGAUGCGAAAGAAAUUUUCAAGGGGACGAAUCUGUGCCACCGGGCAGCAUUGAUUUAUCCGCUCGUUCAUCAUUCGCGAAACGUGCGCGGGAAGUAAAAGCGCCGAACGAGUCGGCCGUAUUUAAAGAGGAUUAUCUGCGCGGCGAUAAAUCAAUCGAAGAUGAUGAACGGCCGAAUAGAUCGCGCGUAUCCGAGCCGUCGGAAACGCAUCGAAGGUCCAUUUCGCGCGCUGAAAAAUCCGGAAAAGAAAUCGGUCGGGGAUCGAGGAACGUGAGAGAUUUGAAAACUUUACGCGCCGCCGCUUUGAACAAAAGAUCGGAAAAAAUUAAGGAGAAUGCAAUCGUUAAUGAUAUUGUUAGCUGGAAAAUCAAGAAAAAGAAGAUUUCCCGAGGCGUGCAAUACGACACUUCGAUGGGACGCCGAAGCCGAGCUCGUCGAUUUUUUCUAAGCUGUUUCGUCGGAUCGAGAGACAGUUCGACGCAAAAAGUAAAGAACAAUAAAAUUUCGACGAACAGAAGUUUUGAUAUUAACUCACAAAACGAAGAGAACAAAUCAGUAGUAGACACAGAAACAAUGAACAAUUCUAAUAACGCGGAGACAAAAAAAAUUACGAGCGACAAUACGGAACAGAAAGAUCGAAAUGUCGCGAGUUAUCCUCGGGAAAAUGUUGCUUACGUAAGUAAAGUGAAAAAUGUUGCUUACGUAAGUAAAGUGAAAAACCGACUCGAUACUUGCAUCGCGCAGUUGAACGGAAUAAUCGGCGACGCGUGUGUGAUAUUCGGCAAAAGUGCAGCGAAGAGGAACAGCUAGCCGUGUGUGCGUGUGUGUGUGUGUAAUUGUAGGUAACGAAGGAUCUUAACGAGGGUUUUUUAAUUAACAACCGAUACCUAAAUUUUUGAGGAUUUCACAUACACACUAUCGUCAUACGUGAGAUGCGGAUCAGUUAGCCAUUAGCGGCGCGUUGGGGAAACGGCGAACGCGUCGAUUUUUACGACACCGUUGCGAACAUGCGUGUCUUGUUUCGGGAGAGUUACGGAAACGGGAAAGAGACGAGUUACGUGAAAUCAGAGGGCGGCACUAGCGUAAACGAGGUGAAACUCGAAUCUGUCGGGUCGCCGGCCGCCGACUCCCGGAUCGUGUCCGUUCUCAAAGAGAUAUUCCUGCCGCAAGGCUAUCCGGACAGCGUGCAUCCCGAUUAUACGGAGUAUCAGAUAUGGGACACCGUGCAGGCUUUUGCGAGUACUAUAAUGGGCACGCUAACAACUCAUUCUAUAAUGAAAGGAAUAGGAGUUGGAGAAUCAAGCGCAACACCCUUGGCAGCCGCAAUCACGUGGAUCAUGAAAAAUGGUACUGGCAUGAUUGGGAGUAUAGUGUUCGCGUGGUGGAAUGGAACUGACUUGGACGGACAGUGUAAAAAGUGGAGACUAGUCGCUGAUAUUCUGAACGAUUUGGCAAUGGGGAUUGAAUUACUCGUUCAGUACUUCUCGUCGUAUUCCCUUGUGAUUCUCUGCAUCUCAACCGUCAUGAAAUCCAUCGUCGGUGUUGCUGGUGGAGCCACAAGAGCGGCGCUUACUCAGCAUCAGGCAAUAAGAAAUAAUCUGGCAGACGUUUCUGCGAAAGACGGCAGUCAGGAGACAUGUGUAAAUCUGAUCGCGUCGUUCUUCGGGAUAUUUAUAUUGUCAUUGUUUCAGGAUGGACGAUACUUAAUAGAAUUGUAUCUCUUCCUGGUGGCAGUCCAUCUCUUGGCCAAUUAUUUGGCGGUUAAAGCACUGUGUUUAGAUACGUUGAAUGAAGCUAGACUGGCUUUAGUAGUUAGAAAUUACAUGACGAACGAGCGGAUUCCGGAUUCGAAAAUUAUCAAUAAAAAAGAAUCGAUAUUUCGACUUGGAAAUCCUACGAAGAGAGUUUGCGGGUUUGAUAUAAAGAUUGGCGUCUCGUUUGCGAGUGUCCUGAAAAAAGAUGCAAUUUCAUCCAUGGAAAUGAACUUUCUGUUGACAUUUUUCGAGGAUAGAAAGUAUCUAAUAACGAUGGACAUUGAGACAAGAAGUAUAUUUGUAAUUCUCAAAACAAAUGUACAACCUACUGAUAUACUGGAGGCGUACUUUUACGCUUCCAUGUGCGGAUUUUACAUUUGCAUAGCGCAAAAGAUACCAAUUGAUUUAUUGAUGCAAUCUGAAACUUCCGAACUGUCACACCCGUUAAUAAAUACGUAUAUUCUUUACAAAAAACUUGCCAACUCCGAUACCGAUACAAAACUGCCGCUAGUGAUCCAAAGUGUCUGCGCCGGGGAUUUGAUCGUAUCUAACGACUAUUCAGCAUUUCUCGCCGAUCUGAAGACGAAAGGAUGGAAUACGGAAACGAACUUGUUGACAGUUGGAGCGUGGAGAUUUCAUGGGGUUUCCAUGGAAACUGAUGAAAAUGAUAGUUUAUUAGUUGUAAUAUGCAAAAGAGAUCGAGAUCUGUUUUGGAAGACAAUAUUACGUUAAAUAGUCGGACAAUACGAAUUUAUUAUGUAUUUACUAAUUUAGAAGAUAGUUACAGCAGAAGUCUAGUAAUUUCGAGCCUAUAUAAGAGCGAUUUCUUUUUAGAAUUCAAAAUUAUUUUCUUUUUUUUUUCAGUUAACUGAAACCAACUGGUAGCAAGAAACGACAGAUAUUUAAAUUUUUCUUUCUCUUAGACUCUUAGAGGAUAGACGCGCAUUCUCUACGUGCGCAGUGAAGAUCGAACAAUUAUCACUAGUAGAACCUAUCGAGUCACUCAUAAAAGAGAAAUCGAAACUUUUGUAAUGCUUGAAAUUACUGGAAUCUUACUGUAUG